ACACUGACCCUCUAAAAAUUCUACAUUCUAAUACUUCUAAUACUACUACUACUACUACUACUAAUUCUUCUUCCACUACUCCUAAUAUAACUACUGCUACGUCAACUCCUCCUUCCGUUCAUGUCUCUACUUCUGCACCCCUGAAUCUCCUAAUUCGCCGGGAGCAACAAUUACACCAUGUCACCCAUCUAGGCGCUACAGGGCGGCUUCAUUUAAGUCACUCAUUACUUGUCGUGGGAUGCCUUGCUUGCUUCUUCACAUGGUUGUCGAUGGUGUCAGGCAUGUGGGCAUGUGGAGAGUAUGCAUGCCAAGUCAAUGGAGUCUAACGUUCUUCCAGUGCUACUGUGGCGGCCACAAGCAGUCAGUCAUAUUUCAAGGAGGCUAGUGUGGACUUCACGAACUGCUGUCGGGAUAAAUGGCAAUGCGUGUAAUAAUGGCUGUGCAUGUUGUGUGUGUUUGCACCUAGAAUGAAGCAGGCGGUGCAUGCGCUGGAUUAACACAGAGGCAAUAUGAGAACACGAUAAGAGUUAUUAGUAAUGCACAAUCCAGAGGAAUGCUUGGCAUAGAAGAAGCAAACUGGAAUAAUCCCUUUCAAGUAGUUGUAUUAGUAGUGGCACCGGUAAUACUUGCAGUAAUAGUGGUAGUAUUAGUAGUUUUAGUAGAUGUAUUAUUAGUAAUAAUAGUAAUAGCAUUAAUGAUAAGGUAUGUUGUAGUUUGGCCUGAUAUUUUAGAUGAUGAGUUGGCUUAGUAUUAGUGGACGUGAUUAAUUUUUAAUGGUAGACGUAGGUUUGGUUUUAGUAUACGUGGUAGUAAUAGUAGUAUUAUUAGUAUGAAUUUUAGUAUUGAUGAUGGUCCUUGCAUUUGCAUUAGUAUGUAUUACGUGUGAGUGGCUUACUACGGGGACGCAUAUCUCAUAAGCCAUGGCGAGCAUAAUCCUCUUCCCUGAUCCUCGCGAUAUCAGAGGGCUGCAAUAUAUGCAGCUGAGAGGCAUGGAAUGCUAGUAGCUUGCUCCAUGAUGCAGUUGUCUACAAAUGCAUCCCGCUGAAUCGGACAGCAUCUUCCGUACUCAGUACAGACAGUGGUUCACCAGGAUGAUUGGUGAAGAGGUUGUGGCCGGCAUUGCCCGGAUGAAAUGAAGGACUGUAGGUGGACGCUACUGAAGUGAAGUAAGUAGAAGCUGAGGGGCAUUAGGAAGUGUUAGAAGUAGACAUGCUGGAGGUGGUGAGGAUGCGAAAGAAGAUGGAGAAUUGGAUGUGAGUGAGGAUGAGGAUUGGAUUGUUGUGAGAGGGAUGAAAUAGUUAAUGAUUAUUUUUGAAUGGGAAUAUAGGCAGGGGCAAUGUGUGGUGUAGUUUUUGGGGCAUGAUGUUUUUGGAGAAGUCAUGUUCCAUCAGGUUCGGGUUGUUGAUGAAUACGGGGACGCUAUGUGGGGCAUUUUCUUCGUUCUACGUCCUUUUGAAUACUGCCAUGGUCUAUAAUGCGUUUUGAUUCAGUACAUGGUUUUUACUCAGCGGCGUACAUAUUGCGUCCCUUGCAUCUUUCAUCCAAGGCAAUGGUUUUCCAUCACCGCUGCAACAACUCUACACUCAAGGUAAACUCACACCUGCUCGUCAAACCCCCACAAUUUCAACCAUUCUUCCCAUGAAGAUCAUGCCAUCAUCCACCUCUCCACUUCAUUCUGCGCUUUCCUAUCUGCUCCUCACAAAAUACCUGCAUAUUCACCCCCAAUACUUACACAUUUCAAGAACUGCUCCACUGCAAACAAUGUCCAUCUCGUUUUUUAAAUUUCUACUACUACUACUACUACUACUACUACUACUACUACUUAUACUACUACUUCCACUACUACUACUACUACUACUACUACUACUACUACUGCUACUACUAUUACUACUACUACUUCUACUACUACUACUUCUACUAUUACUACUACUUAUACUACUACUACUACUACUACUACUAG